AUGGCAAUGACACUGCUCGAAAAUUAUUACCUUCUAUUACAGGAAAUAAGAGGACAGCAGCCACCAAAUUUCGAUGACACAUCACGAGGAGUGCUUUUGGCACUCAUCAAAGAGCGACCGACUAUUUGGAAUUCCACAGCCAAGUUGACAAAGGAAGAUGUUCUUGCUUCAUUCGGACAGGUCGCAGGAUUUUUGUCGAAUAUGAAUCCCGAUUUCAGCAUGUGGGCAAUAAUCGAAAAAUGGUGUUGGGUUGUGGAGAGUUUCUACCGGUGCACAUUGACAACUUCACCAACCGAAUGGCGAUACAACAACGUAUUAGACUAUUUGAAGCCGUACUGUAACCCACAUUAUCCGUAUUUAGGAUGUCUACCGAAAAAGCGACGGAAUGAGCUAACGCAAUUGUACGCAGAUCCUGAAAUCAUCAAAGUGAUGGAGGCGACAGAAGAGUACAAUUUUUCUGAAGGUCUGUUCCGAGAUGAAAUGCACGCGUUGGCUGGUGAUGAGCAAAUCGAUUUUGGAGCGAUGUUAUCGAGGCUAACAGUAGGACAAGUGGUGAACUCAAAACGAAGAGGAAGGCCUGCAAAAGAAAAGCAAAGAUCACCAGUUGACGCAUUCAUCAAUCUAACACCACAGUCGGCUCAGUUUCAAAAACUACUGAAACAGGCGAAUGGAUCAAACUUCACCGCCCUUUCUUUCAUUGAACCAGCAGAUGACGGUGUGGAUGAAUUCAAUUUCGGUUUUACGCCGGCAAUGUACAGUGCACUUAUCGAAUUAGUUCAUGAAAUACCACAAAUUUGGGCUCCUAAAUAUGUACCUAAAGGAAGUUCGCAAACGCGGGAACAACAUUUUGAAGAUAUCGCUAGAAGAAUGGUUGUCAAAUUCAAUGGUACAGUUGAUGUGGUGACGACAGAAAAGUGGACCGGUUCAUUUAUGGAAGGAGUUUAUGCAAAGCUGCGAGAAAAGUUUGUGAAUGAAGAGAAAAGCAAGACACCGUCCACAUGGAGAUACUAUGAGGCUCUCAAAUUCACAUCAACCGAACAUCCAAUGCCUGCGCUCACUCUGGCGGAUGUCUUCAUCAAAAGCGAAGAUCCAUCAACCUCCUUCUCGGGGUUCCCAUCUCGUGCAACAGUGGCGUCUCCGGCUGGUUCAUCGCAAAGUGAAGAUUCUAGAAUGGCUGCGUCAUCGCCAUCGGCUGCAACACAAUUCGGAAUGUCUUCCAACGGAAACAAGUCGAUAAAAUUAGUUCUCGAGAAUCUCGUUGCCAGAAGUCUGAAGGAAGAACAAGGAGUGAAUGGUGGAGGACUUGCUGGAACGAUUCCAGUUACAGAUUACGCUGAACUCAAAAAUAUGUUAGAGCAAGGAAAGCUAAUGAACAGUGAGAAUGGGCCACCAGCGAAACGAAUGAGACCGGAAGGAAGCUCAUCACCGCCAGGAAGUUCUAGAAUGAUUGUCUACAACGACGGCAGAAAAGGCACACAACCGCCAACUGCCACGUGGGUUCCGCCAAGAGAGGACUUGUUGGCGAAACAACCAAAAGAAGAUCUCAUAGCAACACCUCCACAGAAGCGAGCACAAGCGACGGCGGUUGUUAAAAGUGGAUUCCCAUUGGAAAAGCAGUUAAGAAAAAUCUUUCAGACUGGUGUUCCGAACAUGGCUGGUAUGAUUCCAGUGACUUCUGCCUCUCUUCAACGAAACGGACUAAUCACCGGGCUCAAUGGAAUGGGACUUCAACAGAGUGCUCUCCAGCAAGCGCUUCUAAAGAAAAUGGAACCAUCGACGACGAUGGCUGCGUCUCUUCCACCGAUGCCGUCUGUUUCAUCGUCUCAACUUCUUCAAGCACAGGCAAUGAUGAAUGGAACAAGUUCAUCGACUAACGGAAACGCCACCGCCAAUGGAGAAGUCGACGACAAGUGGUCACUUUUAGGCAAACUUAUCUGCACAAUGGCUCGUGAAGUGGAAGCCCGUGAUCCGUUGUCAGGUUGUGAUCUAUUCAAAGAUCUGCAAGCGGUCAUGUACAAACACAGUGUGGAAUCUCUCCGUCCACGAGACAAUAACUCUUCUUAA